GUAUCUCUCUCUCUUUCUCUCUCCCUAUUUCUGUUGAAUGUGGUGAAGUCAUAUAUCACAGACAAGGGUGUUUGCUGUACUUAUGUUGGCAGUCCUAUACAGUGCACUCUGCACUGUGUUGUAAGGAAGAAGAAGAGCAGGAACACAAGCCCAAACUCACCUGUAAUUCACCUGAAAGCUUCAACACAAAGAUCAGCAUGUCAAACAGAGGUCCUGCCUACGGUCUGACCCGCGAGGUACAGAGUAAGAUUGAUAAGAAAUACGACCCGGAACUGGAGGAAAGGCUGGUGGCGUGGAUCAUCGCCCAGUGUGGCUCUGGAGUCAGCCAGCCCGAGCCGGGCAAGACCGGAUUUCAAAUCUGGCUCAAAGAUGGAUGUGUGCUGGGUCAGCUCAUCAACAGCCUGUACGGAUCCAACAAGCCGAUCAAGGCCAUCAAGAGCUCCGGCAUGGCGUUUAAGCAGAUGGAGAUGAUAUCCAUGUUCCUCAAAGCUGCAGAGAACUAUGGAAUCACCAAAACGGACAUGUUUCAGACCGUAGACCUCUUUGAGAGCAAAGACCUGGCUGCUGUCCAGAGGACCCUGAUGGCUCUGGGUAGUCUGGCUGUAACAAAGAGCGAUGGGUGCUACAGAGGAGACCCCAGCUGGUUCCAUAAGAAGGCUCAAGAGAACAGAAGAGAUUUCUCAGAGGAGCAGCUGACCGAAGGCAAAAAUGUCAUCGGCCUGCAAAUGGGUACAAAUAAAGGAGCAUCUCAAGCUGGAAUGACAGGCUAUGGACGGCCCAGGCAGAUCAUCAACAACCCCUGAAUCUGAGCAGCGAGGAUGGAGAAACUCUUGACUCUUACCUCGGACGUGAGGAGAAAUGUAAUCUGACUGUUUUCAAGGCUAAACUGGACCAAAACAGGGAUCAACGAGAAAAUGUGCACAUAUACAACACAGACUCCAUGUUGAACACACAUAUAUAUGAACAUAAACAGUUUAGACAGAGUAUUUUACACAGUAAAUUAGGUUAUAUUUUUUCAUUCCAGUUGCAUGUUUCAACCCACGACCUAAAAAUGAAAUGUCCUUUGCCUUACUGCAAACCAGACUUCUUACCUUCCAGACACACAGAGUCUCGCAAAAAUCAGCUUGCAGAUACUGAGUAAUCCAUCACAUCCAAUAUUUAGUUUGCUUUAUUCUUUAUUUUACAGCAUGCAGUCAGGAACUCUUUUCAGAAGUCGACCCCUAUGUUUCACUUGUUUGCUUUUUGUUUUGAAAAUGAACGAUAAAGAGAAAGUGGUUAAAUGUGAUGCACUUACCAGCCACUUCAUUAGGUGCACUUGUACUAUAAUGUGAUCCAAUAUAACAACGGUGCAAUAAAUUCUACUUUAUGAAGCUUAUAAUAUUUCAGUUUUUAUUGACACUGUCAGAGAGGUAUUAAUUGAACUGUUAUGUUUAUUAUUGAGGUUGUAGUUUACUGUAGUGUUAAACUGGACUGCAUUAUAUUGAGAGGUGUUUCUAAUAUUUUGGCCACCUCAUUUACAUACAUGAGAGGGCCACAAUAUUAGAACCACCUUUCACUAUAAUUCAGUCCAGUUCAACUACAGCACUCAACACCUCAAUAAUGAACAUGAAGUUGAAUUACGACCUCUCUGACGGUGUCGACAAAAACUGAAACAUUAUAAACUUCGUAAAAGUUGAAUUUGUUGCAGAAUUGUUGUGUUGGAUCACACUGGAUUGUACAGGUGUACCUAAUGAAGUGGCCGGUCGCUGUAGAUAACCAGCCUCAGUUUCGAGUCUGAUUUAUUGUGUGCUGAAAUCAGUUGGAAUAAGUGGCAGCCUGGAAGGUAAUAAGUGUUGUGUGUAAAGCACAAAAUUGGAAGAUAAUAGGUUAUAAGAAGUAAAUCCACCAGUGUAAUCGUGUAAGUUUAGAAAGUGAAUUGAAAAGUUUCAAGAAAAGUAUAAAAAAUACAGCAUAACGUGUGUUUUAGCUGCUCCAUAACACAAUCUGCAGUUAUACGCUCUCUGUUUACUUAUUUCUAAUCCAUAUGAAUUUAUGUUUAAGAGUUUAAUGCAUCAUUUAUAAAGACCAUGAUUUUGAAAUAAAGUUUGAUUUACCUGUAAA